GGUGGGGCAGGAACCGUGCGUGGAAUAAUAUAAUCGCUCAAAAUCACAGCAACAUAAGGAGAUGCGUUAAGUCCUGGACAGCCAACUGGGAACGAGCUAACUUCAAGUUACACCUCCACGCCUCUCUCCCUCCCUAUCCAAAAGCGCUGUCUGUCACUGGAGAGCCGACGCUUUCUUCACUCUCACAUUCACUCACCUCCAGGGUGAGUCGGCUAAUCCGGGGUGGUCCUCGAAUCCUCGGCGGGCGCCCUGGUUGCCAACUUCCAAGGAGGUGCCGGAGGAUCAGAGGGGCUGUCGGCGGGUUUGUAGGUCCAAGUCUUUUGGAAGGGAGUAGCUUUCCCGCGUUGCGCUGCCUGGAACUUAGACGUGGGCGCUCGGAGGGAGUGGAGAUGAUCCCGGAUAAUCGGACUUCGCAGAGCCUGCUGUCCGCCCUGCAUCCGCGCAAUGCCAGCCCGCAGUUCGCGGGGCUGCAGUUCGUACAGUCUUUCAAGCCUCUCAUCAUCCCUGGCUAUUCACUCGUUGUGUCUGUCGGGGUCGUGGGCAACUACCUUCUCAUCUAUGUCAUCUGUCGGACCAGGCGUAUGCACAAUGUAACCAACUUUCUCGUGGGCAACCUGGCCUUCUCGGACAUCCUAAUGUGCGCCACCUGCGUGCCCCUGACUCUAGCUUACACCUUCGAGCCGCGGGGCUGGGUAUACGGCCGCUUCCUGUGUUACUUCGUGUUCCUCAUGCAGCCUGUGACCGUAUCGGUGUCUGUGUUCACCCUGACGGUCAUCGCGGUGGACCGUUACCACGCCACUGCUCACCCGCUGCGCCGCCGCCGCCUCAGUGUCCCCGCCUGUGCUGGUGUGUUGGCAGCCAUCUGGUUGCUGAGCUGCGCCCUGGCCGCUCCUGCGCUCCUCCACACCUACCACGCCGACUUCCCCGAGCUGCACUUCGCCAUCUGCGAGGAGUUUUGGUUUCACCGCGAGCGGGAUCGGUUGGCCUACGCCUACAGCACCCUGCUGCUCACUUACGUGCUGCCCCUGGGAGUCAUCUCCGUGUCCUACCUGCGCAUCUCCGUGCGCCUCCGCAACCGCGUGCUCCCGGGAAACGCCACGUCGCAGCAGCAGGCUGAGUGGGACCGCGCCCGGAGGCGCAAGACCUUCCGCUUGCUCGUGCUUGUGGUGGCCGCCUUCGGGGCAUGCUGGCUCCCGUUGCACAUCUUUAACCUGGUCAAGGACCUGGACAUCAGCCUCAUUGACAAGCGCUACUUCAACCUGCUGCAGCUGCUCUGCCACUGGCUCGCCAUGACCUCUGCCUGCACCAACGCCUUCCUCUACGCCUGGCUCCACGACAGCUUCCGCUGCGAACUCAAGAAGAUGUUCUGUUGGAAACGCUGGUGGCGGCGGCGCCGGAGGACGAAGCGCGUCCAGCCAGUGGACGGGCCUCCAGCAUGCCCACUCGCGACUGUGGUCCUGUGAGGCCGCGGGAGAGGUGGAGGCGCACGAAAAGUUGAUUUCUCCAGCACUGCGCUGAGUAGACGGUCAGUCAGAUUGAACCAACCCAGGGGGGCCGCUAGCAUACAUACUGCAGUUGCCGCAGCCGUCCCUCAAACUCAACUUUUGCGCCCCCGGGUUCCCUUUAGCGCCGUCCACCAACUGAAAUGGAGGUAUUAAAAACAAAACAAAAUGAAAACAAACCCAAAAACCCAACCCAACUCAUUUUUGAGGAAGGACCUUAUUCCUUUCCCAUCUCUAUCCACACACUCCUAACCCCUGCUUCCACUUCUUUCCCAGCCAACGCACACAGAAUUAGCUGAUCUGCCCUCGCUUUGUCCAUCCUCUCACCAACUGAGAGGAAGACCCCACUACAGUGAUUCCUACGCUUCUCCCAGCACGGAGACACCAUGGCUUAUCUCACUUCGUUAGCUCUGGGGCGCCCAGGACCCUCGGGUCCAGCCACUAGGGCGCUUUGGGCGGGAGGAGGUGAAGUGUGAAGAGAGCGUGAGGGAUGUUUCAUAAGCUUCAAGAAAGAACAGGGUUGGACAGCUACUCUGUGGUUUGCCUUUCUCCCCUCCCCUCACGCACAGACUCUCAACGCAGACCUUGCUUUCCACCCGCUCUGUACUGUAUAGAAAUUGCAGAGAGCUGCAUAGACGACACCUAGGUGUACAUUGUCACUAACUUUGGUGAACUCUGCUUUUAUUUCCAAACGAACAAUCUCAGAGCUGUACCUUCUUUCCUCUCUUCCUCUGCCUCUUUAGUCACUCCUGAAAACUUUUUUUUUUUUUUUUUUUUUUUUUUUUUUUGUAGACAGAGCUCGGAGAGCGCCUAGUAAGUGCAACGGUCGUCUUUCAGUUACCUACUCGAAACUUUGGCUCCUGAGUGACAUUUUAUUGGAGGUUGGGGGUAGGCAGAGGAAUGAGGGAUAGGGAUUUUCAAAGAAUUGCCAAGCUUGAAGUAUCAUGACCCAGAGUUCUUCUUUUCCUGGGAAGAUGUUCCUUGUCCAAUUUCUGCCAGGUGAAGUCAGAUGUGUGAUCCAGAAACAACUUCUUCCGUAAGGGCUGGAACAGAGUGAAAAUAACAGACAGUUCUUCACUGCACAAAAAGUGGUUGUUUAUGUGGUUAUGACAUUUUUUUUUCCUGCUUCGGGCACAGACCCUGCUGAUUUUUUAAAAAUUUAAAUUUGCUACCCACCUCAUACUGCUCUGGCUCCUGUGGUUUAGUUCAUUAAAGCCUCCAUUGAUUACUUUAGAAACGACUUAUUAGCUUUUAAAAGGAGGGAACCAAUUAUUACCUUCUAGUCCCUGCUGGAAGUCUUCAAGCCAAAGCUUCUGUAACAUGUCCCACCUAGCCAGGAGCCUCCUCAUUUUACUUCUUAAGGGCAAGAGAAGGAGGUAGGGACUGUUAUUAGACUUCUUGGAUAACAUAGGUGGUCUAACCUCUAGCAGUGUGUCAUUCCAAGCAAGUUAAGUACCUUCUCUGCACCUCUAUUGACUCUAUCAUUUCCAAACUGAGUUAAAAGGGCUUCUUUUUCCUUUUGUUGCUGGCUUUAACAAAAUGUUGAGAGAAGACUUCCCACAAACUUAGUAUCCCAGAAAUACGAGGAUGGAAGGGACCUUGGACAUUAUUUAAUCCAGGAAAGGAAAAUGUAGAGAGGUAAAAUUAUUUGUGUGGCCUGUAUAUCAAGUCAUACAACUGACUAUUGACUGACCUUGGAUUUUAAAAACUAGGUAGUUUUGUAGUUCCCAGCUCAGUGUUUCUUGUGGCUUGUAGUUCAAAAAUUGUAAAAAAGUCAAACAUUACAUAUAUUCUUCCUCCACAAAGAAUCAAAUCCAUAAGCCAAAUACUAGUGUAAACAUGGUAAAAUUAGAUGAAUGUCUAAUCCUGAUGGAAACAUUCCAGAUUAGGUAGUCUGGUUUUUAUUACUAUCAUAAAGCUAUUGUGCAUCAGAUGAUGCUUUUUGGUCACAGCAAUUUAGGAAGACCAUUUACUAAGGUCUGUGGGAGGAAGGUGGGGAGGGGUUGUUCCAACCCUGCAUUGGUGGAGGGAUUGGCUGCUCUGAGGAAAUUAUGGAUGCCUGAUGUGUUAAAGUAAGUGUAAUUAUCUGUGCAUUUAUCACAUUUUCCCCUACCAGAUUAUGAGCCCCAACAGAGCUUAUCUAAACCUUGUGUUUCCCUAGUGCCUAGCAGAGUGCUCUUUACAAGCAAGUACUUAACAAAUGUUUGUUGAAUUUGAUUGCAAAUAUAUUAAAAAUAAAGAACUUUUACUGUCUGGCCAUAAGUCUGGUUUAGUAAAUGAGGUGACAACUAUUUUUGAAGUAUCUGAUUCCAUCUCGGGAUAAUGUGGUCGAGAGAUAAUAGUUUGGAGGAAAGUGAUACAGAAUCCUGUUUCCCAUUGAACAGCUCAAUUGCUCAGUGAUUACUGGAGGGCUGACUAAAGGAGCUGAUGUGCAAAACCUCAAGGAAACAUCAGGGAAGCUGCCUGAAAAACAAAGCGCUGAGAAAAUUUCCUGCUGUCAUCAGAACUCCAAUGGGAAUUUGUGCUUGAUUUUAUAACGAAGGCGACAAAUACUUCUCCCAGGUCCCAAGGAUGGCUUAGGAUUGCAGCUAGGUCUUGAUUAGCACAAAUGACGAAUGAAGCAAUUGCAGUACUCCAAUUCACACUGUAUAUUUCCAUUGGGCUGAAACCCCUGCCCAUAUUUGACAUAAUUAUAACUUUAUUCACACUAAUCAGAUCCUGGCUGUAUUUAUGUAGCAAAUAAGGCAAAAGAAGUCUAAUUGACUUCCCACUGUUUCUGGUCUCUAUGCCUUUUCAGGCUUUCUCCAAUGCUUAGAAUGCUCUUCUUCCUCUCCUAUACCUUCUGGAAUUCCUACUUCAAACUCAGCUCAGCAUCAUCUUCUACAUGAGACUUUUUCUGAUCUCGCACUCUCCAAGCUGCUAAUGCCUUCCCUCCAAAUUACCUUGUGUAUGUCUUUAAUAUGCAAAUGUGUGUAUUUCUUCCAAUAGAAUGUAAGCUCCUUUAGGGCAGGGACUAUUUAUUUUUCAUCUUUGUAUCCCCAGUACUUAGCCUUAGUACUUGGCAUGUAUUAGUUACCUAAUAAAUGUUUGUUGAUUGAGUAUUGAAUAAAGUUGA